UUUUAGUCCCCAAAGUUUUUACGCAUGCUAAUAGUCAACGCCAGUGUAGCAGCAGGCUUUACUCAGAGCACUGUUAAACACCACCACAGGACCAGCCCCAGAUGGUCCCAAACACCACCACAGGACCAGCCCCAGAUGGUCCCAAACACCACCGCAGGACCAGCCCCAGAUGGUCCCAAACACCACCACAGGACCAGCCCCAGAUGGUCCCAAACACCACCACAGGACCAGCCCCAGAUGGUCCCAAACACCACCACAGGACCAGCCCCAGGUGGUCCCAAACACCACCACAGGACCAGCCCCAGGUGGUCCCAAACACCACCACAGGACCAGCCCCAGGUGGUCCCAAACACCACCACAGGACCAGCCCCAGAUGGUCCCAAACACCACCACAGGACCAGCCCCAGGUGGUCCCAAACACCACCACAGGACCAGCCCCAGGUGGUCCCAAACACCACCACAGGACCAGCCCCAGAUGGUCCCAAACACCACCACAGGACCAGCCCCAGGUGGUCCCAAACACCACCACAGGACCAGCCCCAGGUGGUCCCAAACACCACCACAGGACCAGCCCCAGAUGGUCCCAAACACCACCACAGGACCAGCCCCAGGUGGUCCCAAACACCACCACAGGACCAGCCCCAGAUGGUCCCAAACACCACCGCAGGACCAGCCCCAGAUGGUCCCAAACACCACCGCAGGACCAGCCCCAGGUGGUCCCAAACACCACCGCAGGACCAGCCCCAGAUGGUCCCAAACACCACCGCAGGACCAGCCCCAGGUGGUCCCAAACACCACCGCAGGACCAGCCCCAGGUGGUCCCAAACACCACCGCAGGACCAGCCCCAGAUGGUCCCAAACACCACCACAGGACCAGCCCCAGGUGGUCCCAAACACCACCACAGGACCAGCCCCAGGUGGUCCCAAACACCACCACAGGACCACCACAGGACCAGCCCCAGGUGGUCCCAAACACCACCACAGGACCAGCCCCAGAUGGUCCCAAACACCACCACAGGACCAGCCCCAGGUGGUCCCAAACACCACCACAGGACCAGCCCCAGAUGGUCCCAAACACCACCACAGGACCAGCCCCAGGUGGUCCCAAACACCACCACAGGACCAGCCCCAGAUGGUCCCAAACACCACCACAGGACCAGCCCCAGGUGGUCCCAAACACCACCACAGGACCACCACAGGACCAGCCCCAGGUGGUCCCAAACACCACCACAGGACCGGCAGCUGGUCCUUCUGUCCUUUACACAGACGGUCAGCUGGUCCUUCUGUCCUUUACACAGACGGUCAGCUGGUCCUUCUGUCCUUUAGACAGACGGUCAACUGGUCCUUCUGUCCUUUACAC